CCCCCUGCAAGGGGACCCGCUUCCUUCAGCCUCUGCUCUCAGACAAGUCUGCCUGGGACGUGGGCCCCGUCCCCGCUUUCUGACGGCCCCACUGGCCUGGGCCCGGGCCUCCCCGACGAACAUGAUGGCGUACAUGAACCCGGGGCCUCACUACUCCGUCAGCGCCUUGGCCCUGAGCGGUCCCGGCGUGGAUCUGAUUCACCAGGCUGUGCCCUACCCGAGCGCCCCGAGGAAGCAGCGGCGGGAGCGGACCACCUUCACCCGCAGCCAGCUGGAGGAGCUGGAGGCGCUGUUUGCCAAGACCCAGUACCCGGAUGUGUAUGCCCGUGAGGAAGUGGCUCUGAAGAUCAACCUGCCGGAGUCCAGGGUUCAGGUGUGGUUCAAGAACCGCAGAGCUAAAUGUAGGCAGCAGCGACAGCAGCAGAAACAGCAGCAGCAGCCCCCAGGGGCACAAGCCAAGGCCCGUCCUGCUAAGAGGAAGGCAGGCACAUCCCCAAGGCCCUCCACUGACAUCUGUCCAGACCCCCUGGGCAUCUCAGAUUCCUACAGCCCCCCUCUGCCUGGCCCCUCGGGCUCUCCCACCACAGCAGUGGCCACUGUGUCCAUUUGGAGUCCAGCCUCAGAGUCCCCUUUGCCUGAGGCCCAGAGGGCUGGGCUAGUGGCCUCCGGGCCUUCUCUGACCUCGGCACCCUAUGCCAUGACCUACGCCCCAGCCUCUGCUUUCUGCUCUUCCCCCUCAGCCUAUGGGUCUCCCAGCUCCUUCUUCAGUGGCCUGGAUCCCUACCUGUCUCCCAUGGUGCCCCAGCUGGGGGGCCCGGCUCUCAGCCCCCUUUCAGGCACCUCUGUAGGCCCCUCCCUGGCCCAGUCCCCCACCUCCCUGUCAGGCCAGAGCUACGGCGCCUACAGCCCAGUGGACAGCUUGGAAUUCAAGGACCCCACAGGCACCUGGAAGUUCGCCUACAACCCCAUGGACCCUCUGGACUACAAGGAUCAGAGUGCCUGGAAGUUUCAGAUCUUGUAGAAGCGGCUCAUCUGCAUCUCCCUCCAUCUCUUGUUGAGAUCUGCCUCCCUCAAGCUUCGGACUGCAGCUCUGAGAAAGCAGCAGGAGCAGCCAUGCUGCCAAAGGCUGUUCUACUUCCUAAGCAGAUUAAGUCCACACAGUCCGCCCUUCUCCUCCCUGAGGCAGAGGCCCCUCCAGAUCCAGGGGGAGAGCAGCUCAGUGCUUCCCUCAAUCCAGCAUUCCAUCUCAUACCCAUUUCAACUGUCAUUUUAAUCCAGGCUGGGGCUGAGAACUUGCCCCGAUAUGCAAUGAAACCAAGCUUCCUGUUGACUUGGGGGUAACAUUUAGGUCAGAAUGGAGAUGCCAUUGAACAAACAAGUAGAAAGGCUUAAUUCCUUAACUUUCUACGUGACCCACUUCUUUAGCAUGUGGCCAGAGAUCCUUCUAGAACUUCCAAAGACAGACUUUAAGAGGCCCCAUCAUGGAAACUUAGGCCAGUUGUACAGUUAAAUCAAGAACAUUUACUCAGCAAUGUGAGCAGACGUCACAAAUGCCAGGUGUGCACGGUAGGUUUAGGGGGCUGUUUGCUAUGUAUCUGAGCAUCUAUUUCUUCUUAGUUUCUCCUUAAAGAGACUUCAUCAUUCAACCAUUCACUCAUUUGGACAUUGGGCAAGGACACAGUGGGUAGAAUGGAAGGCAGGUUGUCUGUUCCACGCCUGUUGGUUUUUCCUUUUGUUUGAGGCUGUUCUAAAAUGAAGGUUACCCAGACCUUGGAGGAAUUUUGGUAUAUAGCAUAGCAGCUAUAGCUGUGGGUGUUUCAAAGAGAAGAGGAGGUAGACAGGCUUCCCACCUAUAAAUACACAAAAGCCAGUGGGGGGGGCGAAUUUGGAGGAAGGCCUUCAUUUCAAACAG